AUCAGAGGAAUGUGUGGACUGUAAUAUAGAGAUAUUCAUACUCAUGCUUCCCUUAGGGCUGUCUGAGGAGUCUGAAAGAAUCUGCUUGGGUAGGGUUCCCUGUGUCUUCCUCUUCACAGACUCAGACCCACCUACUCACAAAGGCUCAUUCCCCUAAGCUAUGAGAUUUGCCUAUUAUUUCUUUUUUUUUUUUUGGUACUGGGGAACGAACUCAGGACCUUGGGCUUGAGAGGCAGGCGCCGGAACCACUGAGCUAAAUCCCUGGCCCUGCCUAUUAUUUCUUGAGCCCCUUUCUGGUGCCAGGCUUCAGACACAUGAAUCAGACUCCACCCCAUUCCCCAAGGGCAUCCAGGCUGGCUGGAGCAGUCCUUAGUAUCAGUUUGAUCUUGCCAGUAACUGGCUGAGAACAGUGUCAUUAUGAUCAUCCCUUUUCCCAGACCACCACACUGAAGUCCUGAGCCACCAAGCUUUCUGAUCUGGCCACUCAAGGCGGAGAGCUGGCCACCUCCAGCCUCCUCCAGGCAAGGCAUAUGUGAGCUGGCAGUUCUUGUGGCUACCAGCCUUGAUUCCAAGCCCACAAGGUUCUGGUCACACAGUCAUUCAGCAGACAUUCACUGAAUGCCUAAUGGUGUCAGGUCUAGGCUGUCAGUGAGAAGCAAGACAGACUCACAGUGGAGAUGGGGACAUAGAUGUUAAUCAGAUACCACUAUUGUCAUAAAGCGUGACAGGUUCGACUGAGGAAAAAUCCUGAGAAAAUGAAAGAGGGAGGCUUCCCAAGGAAGUGACACUGGGCCCAAGGAUGGGCAAGUGUUAACUGUGGAGCAAGAGGGCAGGGAGAACAGAGAGGACAGCAUGAGCAAAGACCUUGAGCUGGAGAAAGCAGCACGUGACAGUGCAGGGGAGCUCAGAGAGGGAGGGAGGAUGGUAACAGGAAGCUGGGGUAGCAGAGUAAGGGAGGAGGGUGUUACCUGGUUCAGGAGGCCAUGUCCAGAAUUUGGUGCUUUAUCCUGAGAGCCAGGAAGGAGCCAUUGAAGGGUUAGGAGUGUGUGGUCCCAUUUAUGUUUUAGAAAGACCCCCUGUAUGCUAUAUAUAGGACAGAUUGAAAUCCCACACACACACCCACACCAGAAUACAUCCAAUCAUGUAUAUAUAUUGAUACAUAUACAUAUACAUGUCCACACAAGCUCACAAGCCAAGAAAAAUGGAGAGACACAGGCUAAGAAAUAUACAUAGGCCAUGACACUUGCAUUCAAACACCUUCGACACACAAGGAACAUGGAAGUAUUCAGACUGAGAAAAUGUCAACACACCCACAAACAGGCAGGACACAUACCUACAAGUGUACAUGCUUGCAUGUGAACACUCUCACACCUUACUACCAAGAAAGCACACAGCAGAGGCUCAGAAAGAAGGAGCAACGAAGACACAGAAACCCGUUCAGAGGCCAGUAGCGCUGUCCUGGAGCUGCCCCUUCCUGGCUCUGUGACCCUGGGUAGUCCUGUCACCUCUGCACCUCAGUUUUCUCAUCUGCCAAAAGAGGAUGAUAAUGGUCCCCACUUCCUGGGUCAUGAGAGGAUGACACAAGUUACUCCAUUGUGACACACAUGAAAAGAACAGUGCUGGCACACAUUUGCUCUUUCACGUGGACUCUGAGGGAGGGACUCACUCGCCCCCACCUGCAUCUGAUCCCAGCAUCUCACACCUACACACUUCAGAAGCCCUGGCUCCCUCCCGGGGUCUAGACCUGGCCCAUUGCCAUCGUGCCCCUACAUCCUUCCCUCACUGCCCUUCUCACCCCUGCUGCACCCCCAGGAGCCAAAGACCAGGCAGGAUCCAGUUAUCCAGCAGCUUUUUAGGUCAAAGUGCUGGUGUCCAGUCAGCAGAACAACCCCUACCAGGCCCCUGGUCCCUACCUCUGCAUGUUCACCCAUGGCCCUAGUGCCCUCUGCCUGGCAUUCUUAUCAAGUUUCUGGCAACCUCAGUGUCCCUUCCUCUUGUUUCCAGCUAGCCAGGCCUUCAGGGAGCUGCCUGGAGCAGGGCACAGGGCAGAGCCUUGCAGUCACCAGGGUUUGGGGUCCAGCCACCUCCCCAUUGCUUUCUGCAUGUUACUUGUUCAGUUAGAGGCUUCCUCUUAUCUUUCACAAAAACUCCUAUUCCACAGAGGAAGUGAAUGAGACAAUUUAGAAAGGGGAAACAGCAGUGUGAGGAAAUAUUUAGCAAGUGCACCCAGCACUGUACAGGGACUGAAUAAAACAAAGAAGAUCCUACCUUCAGAGACCUAGAAUCUAGUAAAGGAAACAGAGCAAACAACGUAAAAAGGAAGUUGUAUAAUAUGUUCGAUAAUGACAAAUGCCACAGAAAAAUGACCCAACCCACCAUCUCCAUGUAGCUGACCAAGCUCACCAAACACAAAAUGCAGAAAGUGCCUCCCUGGGAUACAACUAUAGCUCAUGGUACAGCACUUGCCUAGCCUGUGUGAGGCCCUGGGUUCCAUCCCCAGCACCACAAAAAGAAGAAAAAGAAGAAAGUAACACCCACAAGGGGCUGCUUAUAAAGGAUGUCCCUCACCCCAAGUGGGCAGAGUGGUCAAGUGGUUUCCAAAUGUGGAAGCCAGAUGCACCUGCAAUUUCCUGACAAGUGGCUUGGGCUCCUGUCUCACUGUCACAGCCACCAAUCCUAACAGCCUCCUGAACCCCCUGUCUGUCCAUCUUUCCAUGAGUUUGGCAGCACUGGGGAGGAACAGGCCUCCACUAUCCCUAGUCAUGCCGUCUUCAUUCUUCAGAUAUUUUUCGCACACCACUAUCCACUAAGGUGCAUGAUAAUCCCUGGGGCCACCUCCUGCCCUCAUGAGGAUGACAGUCUAGGGCAGAGACAAAGAGGACUUAGCGACAGCCAGGCAAAUAAUGCAGAGCCUUCAGGGCCUUGCAUUUGCACAGGCCCCUGCCUAAUCUUGCGUUUGUAAUUUUGUAUUCUUCCUACAGAGCCAGACCCCCAUGCUUUGUAAGCUUUAUGACUAUAAACCCUUGUUCUGGGCCAGGGAUUUAGGUCAGUGGUUUCACCGCCUGCUGCGAAAGCGCAAGGACCCGAGUUUGAUCCCCGGUACCAAAAAAAAAGAAACCUUGUUCUGUCCUGGUAGAUAAACAACAAACAAAUAUAGAAGAGCUAAGCAUUAUGGGAGAAACUAAUGGGAGUACUCAUCUUAGAUGGGGAGGAGCAGUCAGGGAGGACUUCAAGCUAGGCCUGAAGGAUAAGAACAGGCCAGCCAGAAAAGGCACUUGUGUACUGAGUGAAGUGUCUCCUGCUCCUCCGUUUCCCCAUAUGCGAGGUGAGGGUGGCCAAGCAGGGUGGGCUGUGAAGGGUAAGUGGCAGAUACAGGUUGCCCAGAGUGGGAACACUUUCUAGUAGGACCUAUGGCUCAGGCUCCUAGCUGAGAUUGGCACUGCCCUUAAUCGGCUUUUGUCCUCCCUAGAGGGGCAAGCAGGCCUGGCCACUUUGUCUCUUCUCCCAACAACUGGGGCCGCCUGUGCCAGGACCAGCCUGGGGGUGGGGACAGAGAUCACUGGGCCUUUGGCUCCUGGAACCCAUUCUGAAGGAGGGAGGUGGCCUGGCUGGGUGAGAGGGGACUCCUGGGUCCCGAGGGAGAAGAAGGCUCGGACCCUGCAUCCCUGCUUCUAAAGGAGAGGGGUUAGGGGCUGGACUCCUGGGGUCUAUGGCAGAGGAGCCUGGGACAGGACUCCCAGUUGGUCUGGGGCUGGCAGGGAUCAGAAGGAGCAGGGACUUGGACUCUGUGUUCUGUUUACAGCAUGUGUUUCCACUGUCCUUUCUGGGAGGGAGGCAGAGAGGGUGGCCACACCCUGGGCAGACUGGCCCCUCCCCUCAUUUAUGGCCCCAAGCUGCUACUGGCACUAAGCACAGACCAGCAGUCCUAGCCGAGGGAGCACCAGCUCAGAAAAGGCCUGGGAGGGGUGUUCGAGAGCAGGCACUGGGGCUAGAGCCAGCCCUGGUCCGCCUGCUAGGUGUGGCGCAUCUCUUUGACCUGGACCCAGAGACACCAGCCAAUGGGUACCGCAGUCUGGUGCACACAGCCCGCUGCUGCCUGGCACACCUGCUCCAUAAAUCCCGCUACGUGGCCUCCAACCGCCACAGCAUCUUCUUCCGCACCAGCCACAACCUGGCUGAACUGGAGGCCUACCUGGUUGCCCUCACCCAGCUCCGCGCUCUGACCUACUAUGCCCAGCAUCUGCUGGCCACCAACCGGCCAGGGGGGCUGUUCUUUGAGGGAGAUGAGGGGCUCACCGCUGAGUUCCUGCGCGAGUAUGUCACACUGCAUAAAGGCUGCUUCUAUGGCCGCUGCCUGGGCUUCCAGUUCACGCCUGCCAUCCGACCAUUCCUGCAGACCAUCUCCAUUGGGCUGGUGUCCUUCGGGGAGCAUUACAAGCGUAACGAGACAGGCCUCGGUGUGACCGCCAGCUCACUCUUCACCAGUGGCCGCUUUGCCAUCGACCCAGAGCUUCGUGGGGCCGAAUUUGAGCGGAUCAUACAGAACCUGGAUGUGCACUUCUGGAAAGCCUUCUGGAAUAUCACAGAGAUCGAAGUGUUGUCGUCUCUGGCCAACAUGGCGUCAGCCACUGUGAGGGUGAGCCGCCUACUCAGCCUGCCGCCUGAGGCCUUUGAGAUGCCACUGACCUCUGACCCCAAGCUCACAGUCACCAUCUCACCUCCUUUGGCCCACACAGGCCCUGGGCCUGUCCUUGUCAGGCUCAUCUCCUAUGAACUGCGUGAAGGUCAGGACAGUGAGGAACUCAGCAGCCUGGUGAAGUCCGAGGGCCCAUGGAGCCUGGAGCUGCGGCCCCGGCCUCAGCAGGCACCCCGAUCUCAGUCCCUCGUAGUGCACAUCCAUGGUGGCGGCUUUGUGGCCCAGACCUCCAAAUCCCACGAGCCCUACCUCAAAACCUGGGCCCAGGAGCUGGGUGUUCCCAUCAUCUCCAUCGACUACUCCCUGGCCCCCGAGGCGCCCUUCCCCCGAGCACUGGAGGAAUGCUUCUUCGCCUACUGCUGGGCCAUCAAGCACUGUGCCCUCCUUGGUUCAACAGGAGAGCGGAUAUGCCUUGCUGGGGACAGUGCAGGUGGGAAUCUCUGCUUCACCGUGUCCCUUCGAGCAGCAGCCUAUGGGGUACGGGUGCCCGAUGGCAUCAUGGCAGCGUACCCAGCCACAAUGCUGCAGUCUGCUGCCUCUCCCUCCCGCCUUCUGAGCCUCAUGGACCCGCUGCUGCCCCUCAGUGUGCUCUCCAAGUGUGUCAGCGCCUAUGCAGGUGCAGAGACAGAAGACCACUCGAACUCGGACCAGAAGGCACUGGGCAUGAUGGGGCUAGUGCGGCGGGACACAUCCCUGCUCCUCAGAGACCUCCGCCUGGGCGCCUCCUCCUGGCUCAACUCCUUCCUGGAGCUGAGGGGGCACAAGUCCCAGAAGACACAGGUGCCUGUAGCAGAGACAAUGCGCCGAAGUGUGUCGGACGCUGCCCUGGCCCAACCAGAGAGCCCACUGGGGACAGAUUCCCUCAAGGCGCUGACAGACUUGAGCCUGAAGAGCAGCUCCGAGUCGUCAGACACCCCCAAGAUGUCCGAGAUGUCACAGUCCCUGGAGACACUUGGCCCCUCCACACCGUCUGAUGUCAACUUCUUUCUGCGGUCUGAGGACGCACAAGAAGAGGCUGGGGCCAAAGAAGGGGCGAGCACCAAGGACAGAGGCCUUGGCAGCAGAGCCACCUUCCCCGAGGGUUUCCACCCUCGGCGCUCCAGCCAGGGUGUCAUCCACAUGCCCCUGUACUCGGUGCCCAUCGUCAAGAACCCCUUCAUGUCGCCUCUGCUGGCCCCUGACCACAUGCUCAAGACCCUGCCGCCUGUGCACAUCGUAGCGUGUGCGCUGGACCCCAUGCUGGACGACUCGGUCAUGUUCGCUCGGCGACUGCGCGAGGUGGGCCAGCCGGUGACGCUGCACGUGGUGGAGGACCUCCCACACGGCUUCCUGAGCCUGGCUUCGCUGUGCCGAGAGACUCAACAGGCCGCCCAGCUGUGCGUGGAGCGCAUCCGCCUCAUCCUCACUCCGCCCGCUGCGCCCCAGCCCUGAGCUGAGCCGGGACUGGGGUGGGCCUCGCCGGGAGAUGGGGCCUCUGGGGACGACACUAAAGACCUUGUUCCCAUCUG